AAAACCGUACUAUGUGGCGUUUCGAACGGUAUAAGAAUUUGUGUGCAAUAUGCAAUAUCAGCAGUAUAUUUGUGAGCACUCUUGAAUUUCAACCGAAGGAAAUUAUUGAAUUUGAAAAUUGUUAAAAAUGCAGUUGAAUUCGAUUCUGUUGCUGAUUUUGUUAUCGUUAGUGUGUUUGGUUCUUCCUGCUCAAACUGAUGACAAGGAGACAGCCAGACGGGGAGAAGAGUCUUUCGAAGAUGAAAUUCUGUCAAAAACUGAUGAGCGGAUCGAAUUUGGGUCGAUCAUGAACGACAUUUCGCAGAAAAAAGAAGAAAAACCCACAACCCAAGGUAAAUGCGGAGCUCGUCUGAAAGUUCCAAAAAUGCUACAGCUUGGCAUACCAUCGAUUGGCGGAGAGCCAGCGCAUGCAGAUAUUGAUCCUCAAUUGUUUGCAAAUGUUCUAUUCAAUGUGAUGGGACUUUUGGAGCUGAAAGUAAAGGAAGCGAUUAAUAUCAGCGAUAUGGGAGUGUGUCUACAGAUCAAACCAAUCGAUAUAUUUUUGAUUCAACACCCAUACACUAAUUACGGAGAAAUAAUAAGCAAAAAUGUGGGAUUGGAUGCUCUAAACAAGAUGAAACAACUCAAAGCUGAGGUUAAAUUGAAAAUUCGAGGCGUUUAGAAUCGAAUUAAUAAUGCUAUUUAAAUUUAUUAGCUCGUUGUGUUGCUCUUGUCGCACAAAAUGGAAACAAAUAUGUUUCAAAUAUGUUUUUUUCUUUCCAAAUAAACCUAUUUUCUCCAAACACAA